AUGGGUGUUUCCAUGGGGUUUCUACCACGUUAUACAAAAUCAUUUGAAAUUAUCGAAAUAUCCGAUGAAUUGUCAUCCUCAAUAGAUAAUGAUUCGGUAAAACAAUUUCAAUCAACACUUGAACGAAAUGCCAUCUUCACUUCAUCACCAACGGCUGCAAAGCCAAUACUUCUCAAAAGACUAUCAUUCAAAUCAAAUAAACGUUAUUCAUCGAAAUUUAAAAGGGAAUGGUUAUCGAAUUCUCAUUUGUCGUCGUUUUUAUGCGAAUUUAAAAGUGAUACAAUGAAAGCUUUAUGCAUCGUUUGCAACAUCCAAUUUUCUAUCCAAAACAGUGGAUUAGGUGAUAUUCAUCAUUAUAUUGAAACAAAUAAACACAAACAAUGUACGAAAGCCGUUGAAGCUAAUCCAACAAAACCACUUGAUUCAACAUUUUAUAUAACAACAACGGAGCUUAAUCGUUUGUCUGCGAAACAUUUCUUUUUUUCCGUCUGCUAUGAUGCUUCGAACAAAGGAAAUGCUAAGAUGCUUCCAAUUGCUGUACAAUUCAUCUCGAGAUUCGGUGUUCGGCGCGGUAUAUUGGAUUUCAUUGAACAAAGCGAUGAAUCAGCCGAUGCUUUAUUCAAAAACAUUAAAUAUGUAUUAGAAGCACCUGAAUUAAGACUUGAACAAUUAGCUUCACUCGGAUUUGAUAAUAUCAAUGUAAAUGUUGGCGAUCAUCAUAGUGUUUUCUCGUUAUUCGAAAAAUUAUUACCCAAAGUAGUAAAAGGCACAUGCUACUCACAUGUUCUUCACAAUUCAGUGAAACAUGAAAAUGGAUAUUUAUUAUUCGAUGUAGAAUCAGCACUUUUGAAAAUUUAUUCGCAUUUUUGUCGAUCAUCCGUUCGUGCUCAAGAGUUGAACAAUUACUUUGAUUUUAUUGAACAAGAUCAAAAGGUGAUUCUGAAACACAUUAAGAUUAGAUGGUUGAGUCUUUUACCUUCUAUCGAACGUCUCAUUGCUGUUCAUCCAAUUGUUAAAAGUUAUUUUCUAAAUCUCGAUGAAGGUGAACGUUCGAGUCUAUUAUUGGAUUUCUUUACAUCACGUAAAGCAAAUGUUUUGCUCGAGAUACAAAAUGCAAAUUUAUUGUUACAGCGUGAGUACACAACCGGUGUUAAUUUACACGGUAUUAUUUCAAAUUUACUUCGUAAACUAAAGAAUCGUUUGAAUGAUGAAUUCUUUGGUUGUAAAGUUUCUCAACUGAUGGAAGAUUAUUCAGUUAAAGAAAUUGAAGGUUUGAAUUCAUCAUUUAAAUGUUUUAUUCGUACGUCAUUUAUUGGAUCAGAUCUAGGUUCAUCGAAGUAUGGUAAAACGUCAAUUAAUCAUACAACUGAAUUAUGCAACGAUUGUGGUGUCACAGAUAAUAUUGAUCUUGACGAGGAGGAAGAUGAUGAUGAGUUUGGCGAAUGUGCUUUGCACUUUUUGGCAAAUAUUUUACCUAAGAUUCAAAAUGCAAAUUUGCUAUUACAACAAGAGUACACAGCUGGUGCCAAUUUACAUGAUAUUAUUUCGAAUUUACUUCGUAAAUUAAAGAGUUGUUUGAAUGACGAGAUUUUUGGUUGUAAAGUUUCUCAACUGAUGGAAGAUUAUCCAAUUCAAGAAAUUGAAAGGCUACAUUCAUCAUUCAAAUGUUUUAUUCGUACGGUGAUUGAAUACAUCGAGAAAUAUUUUGACAAAUAUAAACUUUUUUAUCAAUCAAUUUCUAUCUUUGGUGAGCUCGAAAUCGACAAAAUCGAAUGGAAACGUGUUCAGCAAUGUUGCACCUCUGUUGUUAAUCAAAUCAUUGAUUUUGAUCAUUUAUAUGAUGAAUUCAAUCACAUUAAAUCAAAAUACAUUGAUUUAAAAGAUAAAUCUGGUGGAAUUGGAAAUCAAGUCGAAGAUAAUCCUGAUCCUGCCGAAGAACAAGAAAACGAUGACGGUUUUGAUGAUCGUAAACAAGAUUCAAAUAUUUAUAAACGUAAAGAGACAACCAAUGGUAUUCGAACAGAUCAUUUAUGGGCAUACUUGUUAAAUGGAGAACGUACACCGAAUUUACGAAAACUGAUCGAAUUUGUCUUUUCUAUUCCUGCAUCGAAUGCUUACUGUGAGUCCACCUUCAGCCACAUGAAAUAUUUGUGGAGUAACAAUCGAAGUCGGAUGAGCCACGAUCUGGUGGGAGCCGAGUUGAAAAUCCAAAUGAAUACUCAUUUAACGUGUAAAGAGUUCUAUAAAUAUCUUUUGACAAAACACGAUUUGCUGAAAAAAAUUUGA